AUGGCUCCCCCUCGGAAUAGAGGUCCCAAGGGCCGUGGAACUCGUGCCAGAGCUCCUGUCAAGAGGAAAAAUGGCUUCACAACAUCCCGAGUAGACGAGAUAGAGUCAGAAGAAUCCUCAAGCGGAGAGGAGGGUCAGUUCGAAGACAACCUUGGAGAUGAAAUGGAUGAAGAUGAUGGUCUCAUGGACGAUGCAUCGUCAGGCAGCGACGAGGACGAAGAAGACGACAAGUCGGCCCGUCCAUAUAACGAAUUGCUUCAGCUACUCAAUACAACCGCUGACUCGAAAGGGCCGGCACGCAAAAAGAGAAAGACCGAACACAAGAACGACAAAGAAGAGGCAGCUCGGAAUGACACGGUUGUCGCCGCCAGCGAAGAGGAGUUACUGGAAGAUGACGACUUGCAGCUGCAGGAACCUUCUGAUGAAGAGGACGAAGAUAACUUGGAUGAGGCAGAUGGCGAUGAUCAAGCCGACAGUGACAAUGAAGACGAUAAUGAUCCCUUCGAAACACAUUUCUCAGGCAAAAAAGAAGACGAACUGGCUAAGCAAAUCAAGGCUGUAGAGGAUAAUAAAUGGAAAACUCUGAAAAAAGAGCUCCCCGGGACGAGUAUCGCGAAUUUAAAGCUCAAGAAAAAGUUGAAGGCGCCUGCUCUGGAGCAUAUCUCCCAGAUCAGCGGCCAUGCCCAGCAACUCGCCCCGUACAUCUUUGAUUAUCAAGACGUCUUGUAUGGCGCCAGAAAAUCAUCCAAUUCGACCCAGUUACGAAACCUUCUGGCAGUCCAUGCCGUUAAUCAUGUAUUGAAGACCCGGGACCGUGUGCUCAAGAACAACGCUCGUGUCGCAAAGGAACAAGAUGCCGACCUCGAUCUGCGGGAUCAAGGCUUCACCAGGCCCAAGGUGCUGUAUCUUCUCCCGACCAAACAAGCUUGCGUGCGUGUCGUAGAGUCAAUCACCCAGCUCUUUCAACCUGAGCAGCAAGAAAACAAGAAGCGUUUCAUGGACACUUUCUCUGCAACGGACGACAAGUCCUGGGAGAGCAAACCGGACGACUUUCGCGAGUUAUUCGGUGGAAACGACGAUGACAUGUUCCGACUAGGCCUCAAAUUCACGAGAAAGACUGUCAAAUUUUUUGCGCAAUUUUACGCUUCAGAUAUGAUCCUUGCCAGCCCACUUGGUCUGCGCACGAUCAUGGACCAGGCUGAUGCGAAGAAACGUGACCAUGACUUUUUGUCUUCUAUUGAAGUCGUUAUAGUAGAUCAGGCCGAUGCCCUUCUUAUGCAGAAUUGGGAUCACGUCGACUAUAUCUUCAAACAUCUCAACCUGCAGCCGAGGGAGGCGCACGGCUGUGAUUUCAGCCGCGUGCGGACAUGGUAUCUCGACAACAACGCACGAUAUGUCCGUCAAAUGAUCAUGCUAGCUUCCUUUAUUACCCCAGAGAUCAACUCGGUCUUCUCGACCCAUAUGCUGAACGUCUCUGGCAAGAUUAAAAUGACGCCAGUAUAUGCUGGGGCCAUCUCUGAGAUCCCACUCCCAGUAUCCGUGAAGCAGACCUUCUCCCGAUUCGACAGUCUCUCGCCGGCGAAAGACCCCGACGCGCGAUUCAAGCACUUCACCACGACCGUGCUCUCCUCUUUAGUCCGCAAUAUCACAUCUGGUCGGGGGAACAAUAGCGGUGGAACCUUGAUCUUUAUCCCGUCGUACCUAGAUUUCGUCCGUGUACGCAAUUACUUUGCUACUUCCGCGCAGACGACAAACGUCUCCUUCGGCGCGAUUUCUGAAUACUCGGACACUCGGGACAUCAUGCGAGCUCGUACACACUUUAUGAAUGGCCGACACUCCGUAUUGCUCUACACAGAAAGAUUCCACCAUUUCCGGCGGUACCAGGUCCGUGGCGUCAAACGUGUCAUCAUGUAUGGAGUGCCAGAAAACCCAACAUUCUGGGGGGAGAUUGUGGGAUUCUUAGGCCUGGAUCCGGCGGCGAUCGAUGAGGCGGCCGAGGGAGGCGUCCGCGCACUGUUUUCCAAGUGGGAUGCCCUGAAACUGGAGAGGAUCGUUGGAACCAAACGAGUUGGGAAUAUGCUGCGGGAGAAGGGAGGUGACACAUUUACAUUUGUAUAG